AUGGGGCUGAUGGUUUUUGUUCCCAGCCUACGCUUUAUCUCCACCAGCCCAUCUUCAGAGGUCGAGGACAUUCGAUUUUGGACGGUGGAGCGCUACCAGAUGCACCGCAAGAAGCGGAAGUUCAUGCGGGCCUGCAGUUGUGAGCAGUUCGAGGAACAGAAUCUUCGGCUGGUGCUGUUCGCUGCUGUCCUGAUAAUGCUGGGCGUGAUCGCGAUUGGUGCUCGCGACCUGAUUCGUGACCGACUCGUCAACGAGGUCCUCGCCUUUCAAGCGUGUGAAACAGGUGUAUCCGAGCCAGAGCUGCUGAAUGCUGUUGCCAACCCGGGAUCGCCUCGUCUCACGCCGGAACCAGAGGCUGUCAUGGUGAUGGGCAUCGUCUUCAUCGUGCUGGGUGCCCUCCGCUGCCGCUUCUUUUUCCGGGGCAUAAAGCUGUGCGGCGAAUCUCAGAUGUCAUGUCCGUGCCUCGCUGCUGCAGCCGUCUCAGUGGCUCUUAAAGAUGUGGCAUUUGAGGGAGAGUCCUUCGAGAAGGCGAAGGCCGAGGGGCGGGAAGCCGCCUGGUGCCUGGUGCCAGCGGCACUACUCACGCUCCUCGUUUGUUGCACGGAGGUGUUCGUGUUCCCCAGAGGCAUCGACCGCGCUGGCAGAGGCAGCUCUCGGCUCCCACGACGGGCUGAUCUUCAGCCUGGGGAGAUCCCAACUGGCGAUGAACUGCUGGAGGCUGCCGAAAACGCUCGAGAGACAGAGGUGCUCAGCCAGGUCCUGCCGAAGCUUCCGGACUGGCUUGAUCCCAUUGUGGGCAACCUCCUGCUUGUCAUGCCUGUGGUGGUGAUUGGCAGCUGGGUUGCCUUCUCUGUCUGGGCCUACAAGGAAGGUCAGAAGCAGAAGGAGGCAGAUGAAAAGCGGAAGCUACGAAAGGCCAUCAAGCUGGGGCCUUGGCGCUGCUGUGCAAAAGCCGGACUUGACCUGUUGUCGACAGUUGGCAACUCUUAUGUCGGCUUCCGCUAUAUCAGCACGGGGGAUUUCCUGUUGAUCUUUUGCAAGACCAUGCUUCUCGUAAAUAGCUGGGAAGAGUACCUGGUCAUCGAGAAACUGAAGGAUGAUCACUGGCUUUGCGUUGACAUCGACUGGUGUUUCAAAGAGCUGGGCUACUUUGAGUCAGCCGCGCAAGCCUUUGGACAUCAGAAGUGCCGUUUCGGAAAGCUCGAAGAUGCUGAGCGCUUCAGUGAUAGCGACUUACAGUCCGACAAAAUCCUGUGCUUCUUCCUGCGGACAAAUGGGAAGGGAGAGCCACUCCCCAGCCUGCGGGAAGGCGGUGAAUCGCUCGAGGCGAGUCCUUUUGAUUUCGAGGGCCAGAGCUUGGAGCCCGAGUAUCCUCGGGGCGAAGGCCGCGGACUACUGCAAGCGAAAUACCUCGAGGCUCUCCAAAAGCUUGCAGGCGAGCUGCGGCCAUGUAUACGAAGCCCCCAUGACUUUCUGCAGGAGAGCUUGCAGCUCUGGGUGCGCCUGGUGUCGUUGCUGUCGAUUGAUUCAUCCGCGGAAAACGACAGGCGAAGGGCCAGGGCAAGCCGCAAGAACCAGGCUUGGGUGGUAUCAGGCUUGCCUGGUACCAGGCUUGCCUGGUGCGGCAAGGGUGGCAUGGGAGGCAAGGGCGGCAAGAGCCAAGCGAGAGGUGUUAAGGGUGGCGCAGCCAAAACUCUGGCCGAUUCGGAGGAGCCUUCUGACACGGAGGAUCGCUAUGAGGAUCCGAAAGGGAGGGAAGGCUUUGAGAAGGUGUUACGGUGCUGCUGGGAGCUCCUGCGCCCUGAUGCUCAGAGGCAUUUCCUGACCGAGGCGAACAACUUUGUGGCCAACAUUCUUCAGAAAAACCUGCAAAGGGACCUACAGGAGGAGCCGGGACGGAGUGUGGAGGAGAGGCUGAGUGAGAAGCUGACAGAACUUGCGGCCGGCAUCCGGGAGGGUCAGAGGGCACAGUGUGGAGAUCACCUGCAUGGUUCCAUGUUGAUCCUCGUGAACUAUGAGAACAGUGUCCUGAUGUCUCCUGGGUCUUUCAAACCUGGGAAGGAAGGAGCCGAUAAGAACGUUGAAAGACUCGCGCGCUUCUUCUAUCAUCGCUGUGCCCGACAGUUCUUCAGUACAGUCCCGGUGCCUAGCGUAGGGCAAUGUCAGGCCCUGCAUCGCUGGAAGGAUGCGCUCAGAGCACUCGGGGGGCCAUCGCAGAGCUCAAGUCCAAGCGACGUCUACAACAUGCCGACCUCGACGACCACGAGCGGACUCUUCAUGCUGUCGGGCACUCUGCUGUGUCUCGUAGCCGGCUUCCUUCUUGAAGAUUGGGCUGAUUUUGCAAGAUUGGCACCGUGCUGCCGUCGUUUGUGCAGCAUUGCCUGGAACGGAGAGAGCUGGAAGGUAGUGCCAGUCUUGGGUCCCGAGUCCUUCGAUUCGGAGAGGCAGAGUACGCAGCGAAAACAUUUUGGGCCACCACAGCCACUCGUGGAUGGACAGAACUGCCUGAGUCGAAAAGUCGUCGGCUUACUGUUACUGGCACUGCGGACCUUUUCAGCGCGGCCGAUGUAUUUCGAUCGUGAGAUCCACAGCCCAGACAGUGUUCGACUACGGAGCUUGGUGAUCAGCUUUGACCUGCCCGGGCUGAGGUCUCGUUUGGAUUUCGGUCGAGAGCGUCAGGACCUAACUGGCAUGCAUCCAAGGCGGGAGCAGCUGGAAACUGUGAGCACAGGGCCCCAUUGCAACGCACACGCGCACCAGCUCCUAAUGCCCCGCAUCCUUGGCUUCGGCCUCUGCUCCAGAUUUCAGGGCAUCUAUGCAGAGCUGGAGCUUCGCUUCGAUCGCUUGGAUUUACAGAAGUACAAGAUCCUCAGUAUGGCUCUUGUGAGUUCAAAAAGUGGUGGCAUCCCAGUCAGCAUCAUCAACACCAUCCAUUCCGACCUCUUCGCCUGGAAGCUCAUGCUGGUGGGCCAAGGGCCGCUGCUCGAGGAGAAUUCUCCAACCGAGCAAGGCCGUCCAAUGUUUGAGCCAGGGGCGUAUUUCCAGUUGAGUGGAGGAGGGCCACAUGCUGAGAUCCGCCUUCCUUGGGAGCCUCAGCAGUUGAAAAGCGGCGAUCGUCUGGGCUUCAUGGCAGUGGAGGAAUCUGGGAAUGGGAGUGGCGAGCUGGAGAUAGACAUGCUGUCCACCGGCCUGGCACUUGUGCACAAUGGCGAGAUCGCCGCUGCCAAGUGGAUGCCACCCCUUCGGGCUGGCGGGUCUGGUAAGCCGCUCCUGAGUGUGAAUGAGCCGAUCUACGGCGAGGGGAUGGCAGGAAUGCAGCUUUACGUGGAGCAGUACUUCGGGGCCAGAGGAGGAGAUGCCUCCUUACGCUUAAACGCGGCAUCCCCGUCCCUCGAGUCUUUCUUUAAGAUGGCCGGCCCAGGGCCUAACACGGGCGCCUGA